CGAGGUGGGUUGAUGUUGACGCGUCGUCACGCAACUCCACCAUAUCGGCGUUGACCUAGGUUGAAUGAAGUACCAAGUUAUUCCUCCGCUAUUUCAUGACUGACGUUAAAACGAGUGCCAUCAAAACCGAAGGGCGUCGAGGAGUCUUAUACCGGAAACACCUUUGGUCGUAGCAGUAAUUCACCCUCGGAGGAUAACUCUCCACUUUGGCGGCAGGUGUUGGUUGCGCGCGCAAUGACUGCUUCGCUUCCCCCUUCACAAGUUCACAGUUUCCCCUUAGCGCUCUUCGCGGAAGGUUCAGCUUCCUCGGACAUUCCUUCUGGGACACGAAGUCAAACCAUUCCACUUUUAUGUCAUUAGAGUGAGCGAUUCAAUAACUGCUCGUGAUCUCGGAAACACACCAGGGAAGAAGACCUUUCAUUCCUCAUCGUCUUGAGCGGAUGGUGAAGUUAUUUAUCGAAAGGUCGAACGAACUUUUCGAAUCAGUAAGAAAUAGAUACAGCAAGAGAUCAAUCAACUGUUCAACACGAGUGGAACGAUGCAAAUGACAUGAAACAGAAAACGCAUGAAACUGAAACCAGCAAAAUGCUAAUUACAGAAUAAAACUGAAAACUGCAGCUACGAUACUUCUCUCUACACACAACCGGAAAAGCGUUCAAAAAAUAACACCAGCUACAAUACUCUCUACACUAGAGGAAAAGCUUGCAGAAACCCAGCGAUAACACUUCUCUCUACACAUAAAAGGAAAAGCGUGAAAAAUGCGAACGACAGGAGACCUGUGAAAAGAAAUUAAGGGAGUAAACGAAUAUUUCGGAAAUACGAAUCCUGCUGACCUCCUACCUGGGCCUGACUUCCCCCAUUCGUCGUGACACAUCUGGAUCGAGAGGAAAUUUGGAGCUUUUUGAAAAUGAGAUCACUAAGGGUAACCAGAACUCCAGACUGCUGGGCCAUUCAGACGCUGGUGCUGGCUGCCCUCAUGAUGUCUAUGAGCUUGCUUCUUCUCACUCAAAGGCUGUCACAGUGCGCUGUGACAAGGAGGGAAUUAAUCCAAGCUGGCGCGACCCCCCUCACUGACCAGGUGCCUCCUCACCUCAAACUCCAAGAAGACGAAUUGCUCGCGAGAAUCAAGGAGACAGGGUUCCAGGCCCUCGGUAUCAAGAAGCGGAAUUUAGACCCAUCUACCAAUACUGACUAUGAAGGGGAAGUCAAGAAGAAGAGACACAGAAGACGAAGGGCAACAAGAGGCAAGCACCAAACCACGCCCGUAGGUGUCCAGCCGGCAGCCAAUGAGACUGAUGCGAACAUUCACACAGGAACAGACGAGAAGCCUUAUGACACCUUCCAGUCCCUAUCCCAAUUGGAUCCUGAACGAUUCAAAUUCAUUUACAAGAAUGAGAGAAUAAGCACAGACAGGCCCAAGGUGAACCCAUUUCCUGAGCAUGUGACCUGGACCCAUGACCUGAACUCCACCCAGGUCUGCAAUGGCAGUGACCCCUUCAUUCUGGCCGUGGUGAUCUCCGCUGUUCAAAAAAGGGAACUGAGGGAGCUCAUCAGGAGGACCUGGGCUAACCCCAGACUUUAUCCUUACACGAAAAUGAGGCAAAUAUUCGUCAUUGGAGGAACGAAAAACAAGAUGUUGCAGGAGGAUGUCGACAAAGAGAGCGAUAAAUACAACGACAUUAUUCAGUACGAUUUCAUCGACUCCUACGAGAAUCUGACCUACAAGUCGAUGGCUUGGUUGAGGUGGGUGGCGGACCGAUGUCCGCAGGCACCGUUCAUUGCCAAAAUCGACGAUGACGUCAUGGUGAAUCCCUUCCACCUGAAAAACUUCUUCGAAGAACAGAUGAAAACGCCUCCUGUUCCAGCGAGACCAAACAUAACACUGCUUAACGACACACUCCAACCGGGAGAUAAUAUUGCAACCGCCUAUAUCUACGGACGGUAUGAUCCGGUCCCGUAUCCUAUGCGGUAUUCGAAAUGGGGAGUGACAAAGGAAGAAUACCCAGAGAAGGAGUACCCUCCAUUCGUCCACGGUCCUGCAUACGUGGUGGGCCGUGCGGCGGCGCGACUACUGCUGAAGUACGCCCCUUAUGUGCCGCCCCUGAAGUUGGAGGACGUGUACACGACGGGACUGGUAGCGCACGCAGCGCAGGUGAAGCACGUGCAGAUCAACGGGGUCAUCAAUACGUUCAGAAUCAACCCCAAACUGUUCAACGGGUCUCAGGCCCUUCUGGAGGAGACCGACGCCAAGCGCAGGAGGGAGGCCUGGGAAGGCAUAGCAAUCUACGCCCCCGUGAACAUUGAGGAACUGGGCACGCCCUGGACGUGAAAUAAUGACCCUAUAGAAUGGCGUUGAUAUAAUUAUGCUGACGGAAGAUUUUCGAGGCUGCGGGGAAGCCCCGCACAAAAAAAGAAAAAAUAAACAAGAAAAAAAAUAUCGCACGAAUAUAGGGUUGUACAAACGGGAUAAUAAAACAAAAUAAAGAGCUAGAA